CAGCGGAUAUGGUAGACUGCUGGAUGGUAACUCUAGGCCAAAAGAAGAUGUGUACAAUGAAAAUCUCAGGGUAGAUCUGGCAGAUGGAGGGUGCUUACCGUGUAGGGAACAAUACCCCACAGCAACCGCUCUAUACGGCACUGAGUAGUUUAAGGAUUGUGACCUGUAUUUUCAAUCUGACUUGGUAUUUUGCCUAUCCCUUGAAUGCAUCCUUGAGCCGGAUCCGUGCUAAGCGGUUUGCGUUGACCAAGGGCAAACAGAUCACGGAGUAUUACUCCGUACGCGAUUUGGAGAUGCUUUCGGCUGCGAAAAGGUCAUGCCUCGGUAUUUGGAGCGCGUUUAGACAAUCAUCUCAUCGUAGAAUGGCCGCAAAUGGUGAUCUCGCCAAGUGAAUAUCCAUGUGCGAGGACACCACCUUUGGCCAUCCCUUGAGAAUGUCGCAACCCUUCGAUAAGGAUCAACCCACGCCAACACGCAAACGGAGCCACGGUACGAAGGGAGCACCAACCUCCACAAUAAGACUCUCCCCAGCUCUCCCCUGAAGAGAAACAU